GGGCCAAAAAUCCUGUUAUAUUCUUACCGAGAUUGUUUUGGUGUUCUCGCCUGGCAGGUACGGCGACAUGGUGCCCCACACGCCCACGGGGAAGAUCGUUGGAGGCGUGUGCUCGCUCUCCGGGGUGCUGGUCAUCGCGCUCCCCGUCCCUGUGAUCGUGUCCAACUUCUCCAGAAUUUACCACCAGAACCAACGGGCGGAUAAGAGGAAAGCCCAGAAGAAGGCACGCUUAGCCCGCAUCCGGAUCGCUAAGGCGUCUUCUGGAGCGGCCUUUGUCACCAAGAAGAAGGCGGCGGAGGCGAGGCUGGCGGCGCAGGAGAGCGGCCUUGAGAUGGACGAGUUUACCAAAGAAGAAGACAUCUUCGAGAUGCAGCAUCAUCACCUGCUCCGGUGUCUAGAGAAGACGACGGUCAGUUAAUACUACACUCGCCAUCCACUGCUUUUUA